UGCCGCGCAGGUUGUGUUUAGUUUUAAAUACGCAAAAACAAAAACGCAGUAAUCGUAUAAUGGAUUGGUCGCAAGACGAAACAUUUAAGUUCAUAGAACUAUUUCAAAAAGAACGAAUAAUUUGGGACCCUAAACAUAAAUGCCACAAGAACAGCCAAAAAGUUAGCGAUGCAUGGGCGAGAUUGUCCGAAAUAAUGGGAAGAUCUCAAACAGAAUUAAAAAACAAGAAAAAUUCUCUCAUGGCUACAUUUCGCCAGCUACUCCGGCGCAAAAAACAAUCAGUAAGGUCCGGCGCAGGAGAAGAUGAUAUUUACAAGCCAGUGUGGUUGUAUUACGAUGCUAUGGAAACAUUUUUGGCAUCCAUUUACGAGUGUAACACCACAGUGAGCACUGAAGAAAGACAAAUAACAUCAGAUCCAGAUAAUGUCAACGAGGAUAGUGACAAUAUUGAUCGCCAUGGUAACGAACAAAAUAACGAGCUUAUUAGUGACAAUAAUAAUGCCCAGAGCAAUGUACAGAAUAGCGAGAAAGACAAACCAGCGAACAAUAAAAAAAUAUUUAAAUCACCUGUCAAAAAAAAGCGUCCUCGUGAAGAUUGCGACACAGAGAUUCAGAAGAAUAUAAAAGACACGGUAUCUAAUUUAAACAGCAUAUUAUUGAACAGGAAGGAAACUGACGAGUGCGACAUGUACGCGCAGUUAUUGGCUACAAGAUUACGAGAAUAUUCAAAACAAGAACGGCGUCAGAUUAUGCAUCGCAUUGAUGGGCUACUUUUGGCAAAUCCACCACAACAAUUGCAGCAAUUUAACCGAUACUCCAGAUCUACACCAUCGCCGAUACAUUCUAUACCAUCUUCCUCUAACUCUCCGAGUUAUAUACCAGACCGUCCUACUUCUCGUAACAACUAUGUCUUGCGACCACAACAUUCCCCGGUACAAAUAUCUAUCCCGGACCGUCCUGCUUCGCAUAACAGCUAUGUCUCGCCAUCACAACAUUCCCCCGUACAAAUAUCUAUCCCGAAUACACAUUCAGCAACUGCCACUAUUGAUACCGUUUUACCAUCACAAAAUUUCACUAUCCUUUCUGACGAAAUUACGCAGCCCUAUGCUUCUCAAAGCAUCAUAGAUACAGCGCUCAUAAAUGCUUUAAAUGACAAAUACAAUUAAUUUUACUAACUUUAUCUAUGUAAGUACUAAAGUAUAAAAAUAAGAAUACUAAACUUACAACUAUACUAUAUACGUUGGUGAUACCUACAAUGUAAGUUGAUGAUAGUAAAUAAGGACUACGUUUAAGCUUAAAAAUACGUAAGUUGAUGAUUACUGUAUACGUUGGUGAUACUACAGUGUAAGUUGAUGAAAAUAAAUGAAUACAUACGUAUAAGCUUAAAAAUACGUAAGUUGAUGAUUAUUCAGUGAUGUUACUAA